CAGUUUCAAUAGUCGCGCGCUACUUGAACUGAAAACGCAGGGCUUUCUGUAUGAGCCGAGAGGAACAUAGAGUCUGGGGAAGUUAAGCUUAGCCAUCGGAACAGUUAGCUACGACGCGAAUAGAAUGGAGAAUUGAGAAGCAGCGUUUCUAAACAGCCGGCGCUCGUUGACGAGCUGUUGCUAGAUAAUAUGUUCUUGUAGUCUGCUUAAGUUGUAGUAGCUCGUGGCUGUCGAGAACGAAGGCGCUCGCGGAUGGUCGGACAGCAGCCUCUAGUCGUGCCUUAACUUCCGCCUCGCAAUUCUUAUUAAAACUAGUGUAGCGAGUACAUCUCCCAGACCACUUCUUCUCCCCUCAAUAGUUCUUCUCGUGGAGUGCAGAGGAAUGGCUUCGACUCACGCUGGUGGUGGCGCUAGUCUGCUGGUGUCCGAGCAAGACCCCAUGAACCAGGAGAACGUGAUGAUGGUGUCCAGACUGAGGGCGAAGGACAGCCAGGGCAACCAGAACCACUGGGACAAGGAACAGGAGAACGAAGAGAACGUGAACCCGCGGUUGGGCAACCGGACCGUGCUGGGCGUGCUGCAGAACCACCAGAGGAGCAGAGCGAACGCGCUUGUGCGCGUCUCCAAACCGGCGUCACAGGUCACAUCCUGCAAAUAUGAAGACCAGUGUAAAGCAGUUAAUGAGAAAGUGGGAAGCAGACAACCUGCUUUCCAGAUCCAUGUGGAUGAACCUGAUGUCGUGAAGAAGCAAGUGUCGGCCAAAGUGAAGACCUCACAGAACCCCCUCCUACCUUUGAAUCCAACAGUGAUUGGUCUUAGACAACCGCUUUCCACUUUGGACAUGCCUAUGGACAGCAGUUUUGAUUUUCCAAUGGAUAUAUCAAUCCUUGAUACAGAAGAAAAGCCUGCCAAUGUAAUUUGUGUACCUGACUAUGCCACAGAAAUUCACUCGUAUUUAAGGGAGAUGGAGCUGAAGUCGAGACCAAAGGCCGGCUACAUGAAAAAGCAGCCGGAUAUCACAAACAGCAUGCGUGCUAUUCUGGUUGAUUGGCUGGUUGAGGUUGGAGAAGAAUAUAAGCUUCAGAACGAGACCCUCUAUCUGGCUGUCAACUACAUAGACCGUUUCCUGUCCUCUAUGUCUGUGCUGAGAGGGAAGCUCCAGCUUGUUGGAACAGCAGCAAUGCUACUGGCUUCGAAAUUUGAAGAGAUAUAUCCCCCAGAAGUGGCAGAGUUUGUGUACAUCACUGAUGAUACCUACACAAAGAAGCAAGUUUUGAGGAUGGAGCACCUUGUUUUGAAAGUCCUGUCAUUUGACCUUGCUGCUCCAACAGUCAAUCAGUUUCUGACACAGUACUUUAUGUAUGAAUCAGUCAGCAAAAAAGUUGAGAGCUUGUCAAUGUUUUUAGGAGAACUGAGUUUGAUAGACUCUGAUCCAUUCCUCAAAUAUCUUCCAUCCCAAACUGCAGCGGCUGCUUUUAUUUUGGCUCACUACACGAUAUGUGGUGGUUCGUGGACAACACCUCUGGCUGAGGUGACGGGUUAUACUUUACAGUCCUUGACCCCAUGCAUCAUGGACCUACACCAAACCUACCUCAAUGCUUCCCAGCAUGCGCAACAAGCAGUCCGAGAGAAGUACAAGGGCUCAAAAUACCACGAAGUCUCCCUCAUUGAACCUCCAGAGAAACUGAUCUUGAGCUGAAGUGCUUGGAGAUCAGAUCAAUUUUAUAGGUUAUGUAUAGUUUUACACUUCACCCACAGAAUUUCAAGAACAUCAGAAUUUUUUAAAAUUUUAAUGUUUGUACAUGAAGCAAUAGGUUCAUUGUGCUUGAUGCCUCCUAACACUUAAUAGCUAAUCAGGCAUUGUUUUAAACUGAGUGUGUCCUUUUAUUCACGGAGUACUAAAGCCUGUCUUGGCUUUGCAAUUCUGAAAGCUGUAAAAUCUGCUUUUCUUCUAUAAUAAAGGUGCCUCAAAGGUGCACACUACAAUUUUG